AUGCAGUUAUUGUGGGUGGGGCAAGAAAGCCACCCUCAUACCAAAAGAAGAAUACCAGACGUGGAUAUACACAUACAAGUCUGGAACGGAGUGUAUGGAUUGAGCAGUCCCUCCACCAGAAGGAAUCUCCUAGAAGGCCAAGGCCAAAACCUGGCAUUUACAGAGGGGGGGGGGUCACAGCAAGUGGAGUCAGGAGGCUUUGAGGGUGCUCCUGUCCCUAGAGCCCAGCAUCACUGCUUGUCAUCUCCACACUUUGAAAUGCCAAACAGAGGCAGAGCAUUGGCGGCCGCAGAAGAGAAGACAGUCAAGCUCCUAUGCAAUUGUACAAAGUUAACAGAAUUCCAUGCUUCUCAAUAA